UUGAUUCUUGCUUCAACUUUCAGACAAAAAAGUUUCUUCCUGGAAAACAACGAAAUGAAAUCUUCAAUCCUAUUCCUUGCUCUCACAUUGUUUCUGCUCGGCGACGCAAUCGUCUUCUCCGGACAAGAAGAUUACAACCCUGUAUAUAGCAAGAUGUUCGAGAUGGAGAAAAGAUACCGUCAUCCCUUUUUGAUGUUGCAACGUCCACAAAAACUGAUCAAACGAGACAGUCUCGGUGAUGAUAUGAAAACUUUAACUGUUCUAUUUAUCGUUGCUGCAAGCAUCGUUACGUCCACGCAUGCAAGACUUCAACCAAUACGUCGAAUAACACCUGAUAUAAUUCGAUCAAACCAGUCCUCUAUUCUCUUCUCUGAAAAAUUGUUGCAAGAUAGAGAGGAUAAUUAUGACCAACUUAACAAUCAUACAGGAGUUGUUUACAGGCCUUUCAAAAACGUGAAAUCUUCUAUGAUGGAGAGUAAUAGAAUUGAUGAGCCGAGCAACAAAUCCUAUAGAGCAGCAGCUACAUGUCCUGAUAGAGAUAUUGCUAGAUUUCUUAACUAUGCCAUAACAACUUACAUUCAUGACAUGGAUGGGUUGAGUCGUUAUGUAUUGAAUCAAAUUAUCUCUUCUCGUAAACCAGGCAAAUGGUUAGUUCAUGCGCAAGUUAUCAGUGGUACUAGACAAGGAAGAGAUUGGCAAACUUCAACAAAUGCUGAAAUUUUCAGUCAGAAAGAUCAAUAUGCUUGCUUUUAUCAUGACAACUUGACUUAUAUUCUUAAUCAAGCGGAAGACAUGGAUGGAUUAUCUUUUUCUAAAUCAGAUUCAGGAGAAAAUCUGCCUGACUUGAAACGACUAACCUUAGAGACAGCUGAAGACUUACGAAAGAAUGACAGUCGAUUUUCUGGUCUCAAAGAUAUUAUUCGCAACCUUUAUACAAAAGAAGAUGCUUCCAUGAGUUCAGAAGAAGCGAAGGAAUGGUGCAAGGAAAACCAUUUAGAAGUUUACCCACUCAAUGAAAAAAUGCAGAGCUGUCACAAAAACCAACCUCCUUACACGACGUUCGAAAGUGCUUUCUCGAAAUAUCCGGAAAUUAUGCGUGAGAUUCAGAAAAAUAAUUUCGUGAAACCCACCCCUAUUCAGUCACAAAUGUGGCCUACUCUUCUUUCUGGACAAGAUUGCGUUGGGAUAUCACAAACUGGAUCGGGGAAAACGUUAGCUUUCCUACUACCAGCGUUUCUUCAUAUCGAUGCUCAAAGAACGCUUUAUAAAGAAGAUGAAAAAUUACCUAGACCAUUCGUACUUAUCCUCACUCCAACCAGAGAACUAGCUCAACAAAUCCAUGGAGAGAUAAGAAAAUAUUCUUACAAUGAAUAUAGAAGUGUUUGUCUUUAUGGAGGUGCACCCAGAAGAAAGCAGCUUGAAUCUUGUGAUGAGGGCGUCGAAAUAGUAAUUGCAACACCUGGAAGGCUCGCAGAUCUUGCACAUGAAGGUGUCAUCUCUCUGGCUUCUAUCACUUACACAGUGCUUGACGAAGCAGAUCGUAUGCUUGAUAUGGGAUUUGAACCAUCCAUUCGAAGAAUAAUGUUUGAAAUAAGGACGGAUCGUCUUGUAGCCCUGACUAGUGCCACUUGGCCUGAAAGCGUCCGGAAAUUAGUUGGUAAGUACACCAAAGACGCUAUUAUGAUAGUUGUAGGAAGCUUGGAUUUGACACCUAACAAGUCUGUUACUCAAUAUUUUGAGUUCCUUAAACAAUUUGAGAAGUUUGAGAGAGUUCUGGCAAUUGUGAACCUUCUCAAUCAUAAUUUUGGAAAAACAUACAAGUUGAUAAUUUUUGUAAAAUCGAAAGUUUUAGCCGAUCACUUAUCAUCUGAUUUUUGUCUGCAAGGGAUUGAUGCUCAGGGUUUACAUUCUGGUAGAUCUCAGGAAGAGCGAGAGCAAUCGCUACACUUGUUCAGGAAGGGAAAAAUCCAGAUUCUUAUAGCUACAGAUUUGGCCAGCAGAGGUAUUGAUGUUCCCGACAUAACGCACGUGAUCAAUUAUGAUUUCCCGGACGGGAUCGAAGAAUAUGUUCAUAGAAUUGGUCGUACAGGAAGAGCAGGACGGGAAGGCGACUCAUUGUCGUUCAUGACUUGGCAUGAUAGGUUUCAUGCUGAGAGCUUGAUAUCACUACUUCUAAAAGGCGAACAAAAAGUUCCCAAGGAUCUCCACUACUUGGCCCGGAGGCAUAAUGAAACCAAAGACACGAAUGUCGGCAAUUCAUCGAAGCCCCAGUUUCGAAGAAGACGAAAUAGUUUCCAAUUAUCUUAUUAA